AUGGACGGCCUGAUGAUGGAGCAGGAUCUGAAGGCCUGCUACUCAGUUGAGAACUUCAGCACUAACUAUAAGAUGCUGGCCACUCUGGGUAAAGGAACCUUUUCAGUGGUGAAACGGGCCUUCCAUUUCCCCACGGCUACCAUUGUGGCUGUAAAAAUUCUGCGAAACACCGAGAUGUAUGCCUCACACACCUGCAGGGAAGCCAGGAUUAUGAGAUCACUCAGCCAUCCUAACAUUAUCAAGCUGUUUCACGUGGUCCAAAGAAGAGAGACCACCUACCUGGUGAUGGAGUAUGCCUCAAAGGGAGAGCUAUUAGAUCGCAUCAUCCAAGAGGGGUCUUUAGAGGAGAGCGAGACUCGAAGGAUGUUUGCCCAGAUAGUAUGUGCAGUACAGUAUUGCCAUGACCGUCACAUCGUCCAUAGAGACAUAAAGGCUAGCAACAUUUUGAUCGACUGCAGGGGAAAUACCAAGCUGUGUGAUUUUGGCCUGGCUGCUAAAGUGAUUCCUGGGCAGAAGCUGGCUGGUUUCUGUGGCACACUGCUCUACUGCGCCCCAGAAGUCUUGCAAGCAAAGGAAUAUGAGGGUCUUCCUGUGGAUAUCUGGAGUUUAGGGGUCCUCCUGUUCUUCAUGGUGUCUGGGAACUUGCCUUUUCCAGACAGUUCUGCAGAUGUGAGGCAACAGAUUAUUGCCGCUAACUUCAGUAUUCCUCCUCACGUUUCCAGUGAUAUUUUCAAUGUCAUCGUUGAACUGCUGAUGAUCGAUCCCGGCAGGAGGCCCACCAUCCACCAAGUCAUGAGACACCCCAUGAUCAGGGACAGUGAGGCAUGUUCACCACCUACUUCCACACAGGUUUUCCCAGGCACCCUGCGUCCUAGCAUUGUCAGGACCACGAGAGUCACCGCAAACAAGCCUGACAGGCGUAUGUCCUCCUGCAGUCCUCAAGAGGAGCUUUGUGGGUCCCUGCAGGGAGCUGAGAGUGUAAGCCUCACAGGCUCCUCCUCUGGGGAAACCUUGCAGAAAGAGACUCUCAUGGAGGAAAAGAAUCUUACCAAGGAAGAGACCAUCAAACAGGAAGAGGGCAUCAUUCAGAAAGUCGCCACUGUUCAGUAA